AUGACAAGCCUGGCUGGAGCUGUGCCAAGAAUGAUGAGACCGGCUCCUGGACAGAACUACCCCAGGACUGGAUUCCCACUAGAAGUGUCCACUCCUCUAGGACAAGGCAGAGUGAACCAGCUCGGCGGUGUGUUCAUCAAUGGCAGGCCUCUUCCCAACCACAUCAGACAUAAGAUAGUGGAGAUGGCCCACCAUGGCAUCAGACCUUGUGUUAUCUCCCGCCAGCUCAGGGUGUCCCAUGGCUGUGUGUCUAAGAUCCUGUGCAGGUACCAGGAGACUGGAUCCAUCAGACCAGGAGCAAUCGGGGGCAGCAAACCCAAGGUGACCACUCCAGAUGUGGAGAAGAAGAUUGAAGAGUUUAAACAGACAACCCGGGUAUGUUCAGCUGGGAAAUUCGAGAUAAAUUACUUAAGGACGGAGUUUGUGAUCGAAAUACCGUUCCUUCAGUCAGCUCUAUCAGUCGCAUCUUUGAGGAGUAAAUUUGGGAAGGGUGAGGAUGAGGAUGACCUGGAGAGGAAGGAGCAGGAGGAGCAGGAGAAGAGGACGAAGCACAGUAUAGAUGGGAUCCUGAGAGAGAGAGGUACAUCCUUAUAUACAUUUCCAGCUGGGACUGACCUGUAUAUACACAAUGAUGUUCACUGA